UCCCCCGAUGGAUGAAGAAACUGCAUCAGCGUUUGCUGUUGAGGAGUUUGAAAAGGUUUUAUUGGAAUUCGACAUGCAGGAUUUCACACCAGACGCGGGAGAGUCCCAGGAGUCCGAGGUGCCCGAGACCAAUACAUCAACUUCGGCAGAGAAGACCUCACCAGAUUUAACCGUGGUUGAUGAUUUCGUGCCUGUUUCGGCUUCUGUGGCAGAUGCCGUUGAAGAUAUGUUAGAAAAGGAGACUAAUUCUGAUUUAGCCACUGAAUCGCUUUCAGUUUCAACUGUAGAGAUGGAUUCAGUGGCUCCAUCAUUAGCAUCUCGUGACCCACAUUCAGCUCUGGUGGAGGCGUCAGGGACGCACACAGCUCUGGAGACCGAGGGAGCGCAUGCUGGAGAGUCAUUGUCAGGUUCUGUUGUUCAAUCGACCAGCAUGUCUGAUUCAGAUGGGACUUACAUGAUCCCAGAUCCAGAGUGGGUGACGGAGAGAGAUGCUCUUCUUGCGGAUUUGGAGUCCACAACCUCCCACAUUUCCAAGCAAGCUGUUUUUCUGCCAGAAGAGACGCCAUAUUCCUGCCCCACAGGAAGUGACUCUUAUCAGGACGUGUCCUCCCCGCCUCGAGUAACUUCCCCUCCUGCUGAAACACUGAAUGGAUCUUGGGUAGAACAGCCAGAAUCAAAGCACUCUUCGACCCAGUCGGCUCCGAAAAACGCCAGUCCUCGCGUGUCUCAGUCUGACGAAGAGCACGUCUAUAGUUUCCCCAACAAGCAGAAGACUACUGACUCCCCCACUGCCGUCAUGAGCUCAUCACUGGGCAGUAACCUGUCGGAGCUGGACCGUCUGCUGCUGGAGCUCAACGCCGUACAGCACAGCACACCCUCCUUCGCUACUGAAGAGACCUACCCACCUAAACCAGCCAGCAACGCCCAGCGCUAUGUCCCAGAAAACGGUGUUUCAUCAGUAGUGAAAGCGCCUCCUCCAAAGUUAGAGAAACCCAAACGCAGUGCACCCGGUCGGGGGAUAGAAGACGUCAGGCCCAGUGUGGAGAGCCUGUUAAACGAUUUGGAGAGCUCAGUGCCGGCCCCUGCACCCGCCCCAUCAGUGCCGAUGGUUCCUGAGUUGAGAGAAGUUCAGGAAGAGACUCCCACCCAGCAGCAGGCCAGAAUCUCAGCCUCCUCAGCUACGCGGGAACUCGAUGAACUUAUGGCUUCACUGUCUGACUUCAAAGUUCAGAGCAAUUCUGGCUCUGUGUCAGUUAAGGAGGACUCAUUAUCCACUAAAGGGUCAGAACUUUCCAAUCUUGUGGUAACUGAGAGCCUCGUAGUCCCUUCUGUCCCAGAGGCAGAGGUAUCUGACCACAGCUUUCCUUCCUCUAAUGGCGCAUUGUUUCUGCUGGAACUCCACAUUGUUGAGGAAUCAACAACCAAAGCUCCAGUGCCCAGCUCCACGCUGCGCUUCACUUCGUCCAAGAGCCAUUCGGAUAAACUACUGGUUGUUUCUAGCGCAAAGAGUCCAGUCCCUGAGUCUCGUUUAUCACCAGAACCAUCUGCAAAAACUUCAAGCCUUCCGCCAUCAAGUUUAAACAAACGUGAAGUCAAUUCACCCAAGAUCUUCAACCUGAAAACCUCAAGUCCGAUUUUGGUUUCCAAAAACAGUCCACCUGUGGUAACAAAGGCCUCCUCACCAGUUAUAAAUCGAAGGAUUUCUAGCCCAGUGGCUAAAAGCCCCAGUCCUCCAGAAGUUAUGAAGAGCUCAAAUCGAAUUGUCGACGUGAAAAGUUCUAGUCCUGUAACAAUUGCUAAAACCUCUAGUCCAGUUGUGGUCCGAAAGAGCCCAAGCCCUAUUACAGCUGUUAGAGCAACCAAAAGUCCUUUCCCUGGAGUCCUUGCCAAGAGCCCAAAUCCUGAUCCAGGGAUUACUAGCAAGAGCCCAGUGCCAACUCUCAUUGCACUACCUGCUCCUCCAGUUUCAACCCCAACAUUAACUCCCAAGCCAUCCAAAGAGAAACCUGAUAACUCUGGACCUGGCAUAUUGGAAAUAAGUCUUCCUUGUCCCAAGCCUCUUCUGGAGGAAGCUCUGGACAAGCUGUUGACGUCUAGUCUUUCCCAACCAGAGUCAGUGAAACCGCUUGAAGGAGAUCCUGGCUCAUCAGAAAUUAACGAUGACAUUCUGUCACUUUUUCAUCAAUCGACGCCACAGGGUGGCUAUAAAGACACACAAACCCCCUUAACUGAUAUCAGUUGGACGGACGACUCCUUAUACCCUGGAGCGUCAGAUGUUUCUCUGGACCUUCCACUUCUUCAGCCAUCAGCAGUUGAAAGGCUCUCCGCUUCUGGACAACUUAAAUCGGUCAUCAGACGCACAAAGGAAACGUCCAACGUUCACCCAAUGUUUCGCGACGGCCAUAUGCACAAAAAAAUGGGCCCGCUCAUUCUCAACAAGAGUAACUCGCAAGAUCUACUCAUUGAAGAGCUGCAAGGGAAACUGGGAAUCGGUCGCACUGGGCGGCCACGAAAACGGCCGGAUGAUUGGCUUACGGAAGGGGUCAUUGUCUGUUCCAACCCACAGCGGUUAAGAGAGGAAGGUGGUGUAUCACCAAUGGUUGAUAAGAUCAUCAUUCCUCCAGACUUGCCAUGUCCUCCGAAAAAAAUCCUAACCCAUCCUGUCCCAAAAAAGCCAGUGGCUGUGGUACAGAUGCCCGCUCCUCUCCCCCCACCACCUCCACCUCCUAGAGAGCCCUCUCCUCCUCCUCUUCCUCCUCCUCCUCCUCCUCCCCCUCCUCCAGUUCCGACCCUGCCUCCACCUAAAGAGCCCACCCCUCCUCCAUCCCCUCCACCCAAACCUGCGACCCCACCCCCUCCACCAAAGGUGUUAUCAUCUGUGGGCUGCCAAACGGAAUAUGAACCUCUUUUUCCACCGAUUAUGGCUCAGGGCAAGAGUUCCCCCACCAGCGUCCCGAAGCAGGGGAAUAAACUGGAUAACAUGUUGGGCAGCCUGCAGUCAGACCUCAACCGCCUGGGUGUCCAGACUGUAGCCAAAGGCGUUUGUGGAGCCUGCAAGAAACCAAUCGCUGGCCAGGUGGUGACAGCAAUGGGUCGGACGUGGCAUCCAGAACAUUUCGUGUGUACUCACUGUCAGGAGGAAAUAGGUUCCAAAAACUUCUUUGAGCGAGACGGCCAGCCGUACUGUGAAAAGGACUACCACAGCCUCUUCUCUCCACGCUGUUACUACUGCAAUGGACCCAUUCUGGACAGGGUGGUGACCGCAUUAGACAAGACUUGGCAUCCAGAGCAUUUCUUUUGUGCCCAGUGUGGGUCAUUCUUUGGGCCUGAGGGUUUCCAUGAGAAGGAGGGAAAGGCUUACUGUAGGAAGGACUACUUUGACAUGUUUGCCCCUAAAUGUGGCGGCUGUGCCCGUGCUAUCCUGGAGAACUACAUUUCGGCCCUCAACUCUCUCUGGCACCCAGAGUGUUUUGUCUGCAGGGAGUGUUUCACUCCAUUUGUGAACGGUAGUUUCUUCGAGCAUGAAGGGCAGCCGUACUGUGAGGCUCAUUACCACGAGCACCGCGGCUCUCUCUGCUCCGGCUGUCAGAAACCCAUUACCGGCCGCUGCAUCACUGCCAUGGGCAAGAAGUUUCACCCCGAGCAUUUCGUCUGCGCCUUCUGCCUGAAACAGCUGAACAAGGGCACAUUCAAAGAGCAGAACGACAAACCCUACUGCCAAAGCUGCUUCGUCAAGCUCUUCAGCUAGAAUCUGAUCGUGUUCAAGUGUGUGUUCGAUCACACACGCCAAUAUCAGAGGCCCACGGGUCGAGUUUUAAAAUUGUGUCAUCUUGUGGUGAUAGUGAGCAUUACACCAGCUUGUUCCUGUGCCAAAGCACUGUCAGACAGGUGUAGAUCUUCAGGGAGGCCAUUACGAUUUUUAACAGCCUUUUUAAACGCUUCUCCUGGAUCCAGAUGUUAUCAGAGACUAGGUCUUUAAAUUGCGUGGAGCUAUUUUCGAUAUUAUCGACUGCAUCGGACAAAUCGAGAUCUAUUUUUGUACUUGUUACACACACAUUGAGCUUAACUUGAACAUAACUAUGUACACAUCUCUUUGCACAUUUCAGGCAAAACCCUGUUCUGUUUCGCUGCUUUCUAGGAUAACAGCACACUCUAUUUUAUUUAGCGUCUUUUCUCCAUUGGCAUUUCUUAAAGGUGCAAUAACAGCUUGAAAUCGUCAAAAUCUCAAUGCCAUAUUCUGUGUAUUUUUAUCAUUUUUGGUAAUCGAGAGUUUGUUCAGCCCUGACCCUAUUGUGCAUGCAUAUCUCUGUCUUAUCACUUUAUAAAGUGUGCUUUUACUUUUUUUUUUUUUUGUUGAUUGUUUCUAUUUUUAUAUUCAUGGGUUGUUUCUGUUUUUCUGGAUGGCUGGAGUGGUUUUAACUUCCAUCCUUAUGCCUUUAUGAGAGUUUGACUGUGGAACCGAAUCACUUCUGCUGUUAUAAUACUUAU